AUGUGCUCUAACAUAGUCUAUGAGUGGCUGAAGACCUUGAAGCUCUCUCAGUAUGCCGAGUCCUUUGUGGAUAAUGGCUAUGACGACCUGGAGGUAUGCAAGCAGAUUGGAGACCCGGACCUGGAUGCCAUCGGGGUCUCCAUGCCACAGCACCGGCGCCGGAUCCAUGAAGCCGUCCAAAGGCUGAAGGAGGAGGAUGAGACCACAGCUGGACUUUAUUUCACCUUGGAACCUCAGCAACAGGGCUCCCCUUCUCCUGAGAUCUACACUAGCCACCUAGUGGAGCAGUAUGAGGCCAAGACUUGGAAGGAACCACCUGCUCAGUAUCUUCAUGGGUUUCCUGGGAAAGUAGCCUCUUGCAACAAGGAACUAUUUACUUACCCCAAACUCAGACUGAAAAUUAUGAUUAGGGAUAAACUCAUCCGUGAUGGGAUCAACCUUAGUAAGCUGCCUUACUCCAACAAGAUGGGCUUUGUGCUCACAGGAAAAUAUUUCACAGUCGUCAUGGACAGCACAGUAGAUGAUGACUGA